CUGCCAACCAAGCUCAACCCAAGGUACGUAUCCAGCAUUUAGCUUCGUCUUCCCUUAUCCUCUUCGACUCCAUAGCCUCUUGACCUCCUAAACAACGCGAGUCCCGUCUGGCGGUUUUGGGCGUCGAUGAGGCUUGCGGGAAAUCCUAUCCAUCAUUGCAAUUGAGCGAAUUUUGUCCAUAAGAUGGGCAAAUCGCUCUAUGGCUCGCACAUGGCUCUGCUACCUAGGUAGUUAAAGCUGUCGUCGUACCCCCUACCACAACCCCUUCUUAACCUUGCAACGUUUGAACAGCUCAUUCCAUUGCCCACUCUCAAUCCCAAGUGACUCACUGACACCCAAUUGCCAGAAUCAUCCACAAUGACCAUCUCCAAGAUCCACGCUCGUUAUGUGUACGACUCUCGCGGUAACCCUACCGUCGAGGUCGACGUUGUGACCGAGCUUGGCCUCCACCGUGCCAUCGUCCCCUCGGGCGCUUCUACCGGGCAGCACGAGGCUUGCGAGCUCCGCGACGGCGACAAGACCAAGUGGGGUGGCAAGGGUGUCCUCCAGGCCGUCAAGAAUGUCAACGAGGUCAUCGGUCCCGCUGUCAUCAAGGAGAACAUCGACGUCAAGGACCAGUCCAAGGUUGACAAGUUCUUGAUUGACCUCGAUGGCACUGCCAACAAGACCAAGCUUGGUGCCAACGCCAUCCUCGGUGUGAGUCUGGCCAUUGCCAAGGCUGGCGCCGCCGAGAAGGGUGUGCCUCUCUAUGCCCACAUCUCGGACCUUGCUGGCACCAAGAAGCCCUACGUCCUUCCUGUUCCUUUCAUGAACGUCCUUAACGGCGGCUCGCACGCUGGUGGUCGCCUGGCCUUCCAGGAGUUCAUGAUCGUCCCCUCUGCUGCGCCUUCGUUCUCCGAGGCCAUGCGCCAGGGUGCCGAGGUGUACCAGAAGCUGAAGGGUCUAGCCAAGAAGAAGUACGGCCAUUCCGCCGGCAACGUCGGUGACGAGGGCGGUGUUGCCCCCGAUAUUCAGACCCCCAAGGAGGCCCUCGACCUGAUCAUGGACGCCAUCGAGGCGGCUGGCUACAAGGACCAGAUGAAGAUCGCCAUGGAUGUGGCCUCGAGCGAGUUCUACAAGGAGGACGCCAAGAAGUACGACCUCGAUUUCAAGAACCCCGAGAGCGACCCGAGCAAGUGGCUCACGUACGAGGAGCUUGCCAACCUGUACAGCGAGCUUUCCAAGACCUACCCCAUUGUCAGCAUUGAGGACCCCUUCGCCGAGGACGACUGGGAGGCCUGGAGCUACUUCUACAAGUCGCAGGACAUCCAGAUUGUUGCUGAUGACCUGACGGUCACCAACCCCCUCCGCAUCAAGCAGGCCAUUGACCUCAAGGCUGCCAACGCUCUGCUGCUCAAGGUCAACCAGAUCGGCACUCUCACUGAGUCGAUCCAGGCUGCCAAGGACUCGUAUGCCGACGGCUGGGGCGUCAUGGUGUCCCACCGCUCCGGUGAGACUGAGGACGUCACCAUCUCGGAUGUUGUCGUCGGUAUCCGCUCUGGCCAGAUCAAGACCGGUGCCCCGUGCCGGUCUGAGCGCCUUGCCAAGCUCAACCAGAUCCUCCGCAUCGAGGAGGAGCUUGGUGACAAGGCCGUUUAUGCCGGCGAGAACUUCCGCAAGGCGGUCCAGCUGUAAGGGAGCCCAGCGCAUGACUCGCUUGGAAGGAAACUGGCAGAACUUGGCUGGGUUGGGAAGGUGUUUACCUCGGGAAAAAAUGAUCUCGGCAUGGUUCAUGAAAAUGGAGGUAAUGUGGCUUUAGAAACAAAGAAAUACCAGGCCAAUGCUGCCAUUAUGAUUGAUGA